AUGAAGAGAGUUUGCACGCUGCCCCUCUGGCUCUGGCUCGGCAUUGUCUCGGAGGCAGAUCUGGUGAGCAGCUAUUCUAUGACCCCCCCUGCUCUUAGCAUCACCGAGGAGGAACACGUCAUCAACGCCAAGGACACGCUGACCAUCACCUGCAGAGGACAGCAUCCUUUGGAGUGGUCGUGGCCUGGGGGCAAGGUGGACCCCACUGGGAAGGAGAAGGAGACGGAGUUCAUGGCCUCAGCAGCUCCCAGUGCUGGCCGGGCAAUCCGGGAAGAAGACUGCGAGGGCACCGGCACGAAGCCGUACUGCAAAGUCCUGGUGCUGACAGAGACCCAGGCCAACGACACGGGUUACUACCGCUGCUACUACAAGUACAUCGAUGCCAAAAUCGAGGGCACCACAGCGGUCAGCGCCUACGUCUUCGUGAGAGAUUACGAACAGCCGUUUAUCAACAAGCCGGAAACGCUCCUCAUCAGCAAGAAGGAGAACACUUGGGUACCGUGCCUGGUGUCCAUCCCAGACCUUAACGUCACUCUGAUCCUGCAAAAUUCCCUCAUACACCCCGACAGGAAAAGCGUUUUCUGGGACAACAAGAAAGGUGUGCAGGUACCCACUCACUUGAUCAGGGACUCCUUGUUCGUCCAGUGUGAGACUGUCAUCGACAAGAAGGUCUUCAAAUCCAACUUCUUCAUCAUCCACAUAGCAGGGAGUGAGCUGUACGACAUCCAGCUGUACCCCAAGAAAGCCAUGGAGCUGCUCGUGGGAGAGAAGCUGGUCUUGAACUGCACAGUGUGGGCCGAGUUCAACUCUGGUGUCCGCUUCCAGUGGACUUACCCUGGCAAACAGACACAGCGAGCAGUGAUAGAGCCGGAGCGCCGGUCCCUGCAGACGCACACAGAGCUCUCCAGCAUCCUCACCCUCCACAAUGUCAGCCAGCAGGACCUGGGCAAGUACACGUGCACUGCCACCAACGGCGCCCAGAUGCUGGAGGAGAGCACCGAUGUCAUUGUGCAUGAAAAGCCCUUCAUCAACGUGGAGUGGAGGAAGGGCCCGGUGAUAGAAGCCACUGCAGGAGACGAAGCUGUGAAGCUGCCCGUGAAAGUCGUGGCUUACCCCCCACCAGACUUCCAGUGGUACAAGGACGGGAAGCUAAUUCCCAAGCAAUCUCAAUCUUCAAUGCAGAUCAAGGAUGUGUCGGAGCAGCACGCUGGGACAUACACGCUGGUUCUGAGGAACAGGCUGGCAGGGCUGGAGAAGCGCAUCAGCCUCCAGUUAAUUGUCAACGUGCCUCCACGCAUCCACGAGAAGGAAGCCUCUUCCCCGAGCAUCUACUCCCGGAGGAGCUCCCAGGCCCUCACCUGCACGGUUUAUGGCAUCCCAGCCCCGGAGGUGAUCCAGUGGCAGUGGAGGCCGUGGAUGCCCUGUCGGAUGUUCUCUCGACGCAGCCUCAACAGCAGGCACCGGGCAGCAAGACGCCACCAGCGAGACCGGAUGCCCGAGUGCAAGGACUGGAAAGAUGUAUCGCAGCAGGACGCAGUAAACCCCAUCGAGAGCAUCGACACCUGGGUGGAGUUCGUGGAGGGACGGAACAAGACAGUCAGCAAACUGGCCAUCCAGGAGGCCAACGUCUCAGCCAUGUACAAGUGCAUCGCCUCUAACAAAGUGGGUCGGGACGAGCGGCUGAUCUACUUCUACGUGACCACUAUUCCAGAUGGGUUCGAGAUUGAAUCCCAGCCCUCGGAAGAGCCCAUAGAAGGACAGGACCUACAGCUGAGCUGCAAUGCAGACAACUACACCUACGAGAACCUGCAGUGGUAUCGGCUGAACCUCUCCAAGCUCCACGAUGAGGAGGGCAAUCCCCUCGUGCUGGACUGCAAGAACGUCCACCACUAUGCCACCAAGAUGCAAGGGGAGCUGCGCUUUCAGCCAGACUCCAAUGACGCGACCUUGCUGCUCACCAUCCCCAACAUCUCCCUGGGCGAGGAGGGAGACUAUGUGUGUGAGGUGCAGAACCGCAAGACCCGGGAGAAGCACUGCCACAAGAAGUACAUCUCUGUGCAGGCCCUGGAGAUCCCUCGCCUCAAGCAGAACCUGACAGACAUUUGGGUGAACGUCAGCGACUCCAUAGAGAUGCGCUGCAAGGUGGACGGCAACCACGUUCCUGACAUCAGCUGGUACAAAGACGAGAAGCUGGUGGAAGAAGUGUCAGGGAUCGACCUGGCGGACUUCAACCAGCGGCUGAGCAUCCAGAGGGUGAGGGAGGAGGAUGCUGGGCUCUACCUCUGCAGCGUCUGCAAUGCCAAGGGCUGUGUGAACUCCUCGGCCAGUGUCUCCGUAGAAGGCUCUGAUGACAGGACCAAUGUGGAGAUUGUCAUCCUGAUUGGGACUGGGGUCAUCGCUGUUUUCUUCUGGAUCCUCCUUAUCCUCAUCUUCUGUAACAUCAAAAGGCCUGCCCAUGCAGACAUCAAGACUGGCUACCUCUCCAUCAUCAUGGACCCCGGCGAGGUGCCCUUGGAGGAGCAGUGCGAGUACCUGCCCUAUGACUCCAGCAAGUGGGAAUUCCCACGAGACCGCCUGCGCCUAGGUAAAGUCCUGGGUCAUGGUGCAUUUGGGAAGGUGGUGGAAGCAUCAGCGUUUGGAAUCAAUAAAAGUAACAGCUGUGAGACUGUAGCAGUCAAAAUGCUGAAAGAGGGAGCUACCGCAAGUGAGCACAAGGCACUGAUGUCAGAGCUGAAGAUCCUCAUUCACAUCGGGAAUCACCUCAACGUGGUGAAUUUGCUGGGUGCCUGCACCAAACCCAAUGGUCCUCUCAUGGUUAUCGUUGAGUUCUGCAAGUAUGGCAACCUCUCCAACUACCUGCGGACCAAGCGGGAAGGGUUCAGUCCUUACAGGGAGAAGUCUCCGAGGCUGCGUAUUCAGGUCCAGUCCAUCGUGGAGGCAGUGAGAGCAGACAGGAGGAGUCGUUCCAGGACUAGUGACAGUGCUAUCUUCAACCGCUUUCUGAUGCACAAGAGCCAGACAGCACAGCCGAUCCAGGAAGUGGAUGACUUGUGGCAAAGUCCCUUGACUAUGGAAGACCUGAUCUGCUACAGCUUCCAGGUAGCACGUGGCAUGGAGUUCCUGGCAUCCCGAAAGUGCAUCCACAGAGACCUGGCAGCUCGCAAUAUCCUGCUGUCAGAGAACAACGUGGUAAAAAUCUGUGACUUUGGCCUGGCCCGGGACAUCUACAAGGACCCCGACUACGUCAGGAAGGGCAGUGCUCGCCUCCCCCUGAAGUGGAUGGCUCCAGAAAGCAUCUUCGACAAGGUCUACACUACCCAGAGUGAUGUCUGGUCCUUUGGGGUCCUCCUCUGGGAGAUCUUCUCGCUAGGGGCAUCUCCGUACCCUGGAGUCCAGAUCAACGAGGAGUUCUGCCAGAGGCUCAAAGAUGGUACCAGGAUGAGAGCCCCAGAGUACGCCACAGCAGAAAUUUACCGUAUCAUGCUGAGCUGCUGGCAUGGUGAUCCCAAGGAGAGACCAACUUUCUCCGACCUGGUGGAGAUCCUGGGGAACCUUCUUCAGGAAAACGUCCAGCAGGAAGGGAAGGAUUACAUCCCACUGAACGACUCUCACAGCUCCGAAGAUGAUGGUUUCUGCCAGGUGCCUUCCUCUGCCCAACAAAACUCAGACGAAGAGGACUUUGACAUGAGGAUACGUUGCCACAGCUUAGCAGCAAGAUAUUACAACUGUGUCUCGUUCCCUGGUUGUUUGACGGGAGGAAAUCAGAUCAGGUGUCCAUCCAGGAUAAAGACAUUUGAAGAGUUUCCCAUGACACACACAAUGUACAAGGCACACCCGGACAAUCAGACAGACAGUGGGAUGGUUCUGGCAUCUGAGGAAUUUGAGAGGAUAGAAAACCGACACAGAAAAGAAGGUGGAUUCAGCAGUAAAGGGCCCAGCCGAACUGCAGAGCUGCCGGGGGAACAGUCAGACCUGCGGGGCAGAUGUCGGCCGUUGUACGGGUCCCAGGUCGGAGGCCAGACUUUUUACAACAGUGAAUACGGGGAGCUGUCAGAACACUCUGAGGAUGGCAGCUGCACCCCGCCUGGAGAAGGGGCCAGUCCCCCUGCUCUCCACGCUUCCUUCUUCUCCGAGCAGUACUAACGGCAUCAGGCCCCGGAGACGCCCUGCUGAGGCAUCCCCUUCCACCCUCCAGGCACAUCAUCGGGGUCACUCAGAGCUUCCCCUCCAACCUACACCCAGCCCCAGCAGGGAACCCACCCAAAACCAGCUGGGGAACACUGAUGUCCUUGGAACCGCAGCUUGACGGCCCACGCAGCACCUCCAGCUGCAACUUCUCUGUGCCGGAACUGGAGAGAGCACCUUGCUGAUUCCUCGGGUUUCUUUUCUUAUUUCUGUGGCUCAGACAGAUGCAUUCUCCUGGCGAGUGGGUGCCUGUGUUCAGCACUACAGCACCUUCUGCCUAGCAUCCAGCCUCCGCUCAGAUCAGCUUCCCAUUCAGAAAGCCCAUUUCAGGUCAGAUAUAAAUAGAUCUGCCUUAGUCUCGAGUUUCUUCCUGGUGUGCAGCCUGAAUGUUUUUCCUUGGAUUGCUUCCUCCUCCUCUCCUCAUGAUGUCAGCUGCUGAGUCGCAGAGCAGAAUCAAAGGGAAGAAAUCCCUAGAGGUGUUAGCGGCAAGAGCAGGACGUUUUGAAGAGGGGUACAGAGAGAUCCCAUGGGAUCUUUGUAAAUGUUCGUGCACGCUGUUCACUCUGGGGAGGCACCAGCGUACACCCAGCCUCUAGAUCCUCUGCAAGCAACACCCACACCCCUCUCAUUUCUGCUGCUGGCGACCUGUCAAUCUGCCUUACCACUGGGUUUUUUCAGCCAUCUCAACACAGCCAGUGCUGAGUAGGUCACCAGCUGAUGGCUGGAGGCCUCCCAGUGAGAUAAAUAGCCACUCUCUGUGCAGGCGCUGUGUGAGAUGGGGUUUUAUAUUCUCUGUGCCGAGAGCGGGUUGCUCACAGGUCUCCUUCUCUUGCCUUCCCCUUCUAGAGCAGCGCUGAAAUCAUUUGUUGCUCGAGUGAGAAAUUAAAGCAAAGCUGUGUUAAUUUCAGCUGGCUUCUAAACAUAGAGCGAAAACGGGUUGUUUGCUGAAAGGAAAAGCAUGUAAGUGGUAGGGAGUGAAAUGUUUAUUUUCAAGUUGCUGCAAGGGGUUUUGAAACAAUGGCAGGAACACGGCUCCAGCAACGCGGUGCUCUGGGCUGCAUCUCCUCGUGUGCUGGCAUCGCUGAGCACCAGAGGGCAGUGCCUGGCCAGGGCCCAAGCCCUAACCCUUCUGGAUGGACAGUUCUGCACCAUGACCUUCCCUGCCACCCUGGUUCCCUGGCUCUAUGGAGACACCAUGGGCUCCUCUCCAGUUUCCAUUGCAGAGCCACCAGCACAGCGUACCUGCCUCUGGAGGACUGACAAACAUUUAUUUACUGAGGAAGCAUCUCAUCACUCGGGCCCUUUAUUUCUGAAAGAUGCCACAUGAAUCAGAGCUCUGGGGAACCUCCACAGCCCCUCUCAACAGAUUUCUGUGCUGCUGCCUCACUACUUUCCACCUACUUCUUUCCAUCCUGCUCAUAAUGCAAGAGCUCAGCCACAGAGCACGGUUACAUCACCACCCGGAGUCUGGGCGAAGAGGCUCGGCUGAACAGCUUGUCAUCUUCCCUUCUCCCACACGCCAGGGGCUGGCAGAGCUCCUUGCACCAGGGCAUCUCAGCACCGGGGAGUUUCUGCCUGCAGGCCACACCUCUGUGCAUAUAGGCAAGGGUUUGGACUUCUAAAAAUUGUGUUUCCUGCCAGACACACUGUUUUCCCAAAAUGUACUUCUCUUACAGCAGAAGGUAUUUCCUGACAUGAGCCUGUGAGUCCUUAUGGAUGACUUUCCCAAGUCUUAAUUAUAGUUGUCUGCACAAGUGUAAUGGGGAAAAUUUAUUUAGCACAUGGGAAAAGCAUGGCUGUCAUUCAGAUUCCCUAAGCCUGUGCAGAGCACCCGAUGUUCCCCUCCCAUUUCAUGUCAGCAGGAUGAUAUGGCUGUGAUUUCCAUGCAAAAAGAGGCACAAAACUGGACCAGCUUGAGCCAAGCUGGCUCAGGACAAGGAAUUGGAAACUGCAUGUGACAAUUAAUUCCCUGAUUUCUACUGGCGUCCCCCGAAGCUGCCAGGAAUUUAAGUAUCUUUAAGUAAUUGUUAUGACUCAGUAAGAAUCCUUCUGGCAGGAGAUGCUGGAGAGCCAGGCCAGGGAAGCAGGAUAGCCAGUGGGGUCUAGGCCAGGCCAAAUUCUCCUGCCCUUGUCUUGCCCCGGUGUUUGGAUGGGUGUUUUCCUUGACAGAAGGAAGGCUGCCUGUGCCCUGUGCUGCUGGGGGUCUCCCCCGGGAUUCACAUGGGUGGAAGGUGACAGACAGAGCUGAAUUCAGGCUGCUCUCUUGGUAAUGUGCAGUGUAGGACCCACAUUCUCUUGUUUUCAGUGCUUCACAAACAGUUCUCUGCCUGGAAACACGGCCCCAUCUGAGAGAAGGCCCAAGAAAGAUGCCUAUAAGUUAAUUAACAGUUGAAAAACAUAAUCCCGAAGUAGCUACAAGUGAGGGUUAGAAACGUACUAGCAAAGCCAGGCAUUUGCAGAGCACUGUCAGGAUUCCUCAGCAGAAAUGGGAUGGAGGCAUCUGAGUGCUCUGGCUGCCUGUCAGCACUCCCAGUAGGCCGGGACAGCUGCACUGGGGCUCUAGGUUCAGCUGUAAAUUGCUCACAAGCAUCAUUGUGGAGAAGGGUUACUUCAUUAGAGCUAUUGUUAAAGAUCCCCUGCUUCACACUGGGGGAAGCACUGAAGUGACAUCUGAAUUUAAACAUUCAAAUCAUCCAGCCCCACAGAAGUUUAUUUUCUCUAUUUUAUACCAUCUUGGAGAGGGGAAAGAAUCAGAUUGGAUUGUAUCUGCAUCAACAGCCUGGCACGAACAAUGUAGCCUUAAUACGAGCAAAUGCAGGCUCCUCUUUCAGACACUCCUGAUGAGGAGGAACAAUUGCAGUGUGGGAUACUGAAGAGUUGUUGAGACAAUUGUACUUUUGCUCUCUUAAAAGUAUACUAAAAUUAGAGUGUACAAACCUGAUACCCUUCCCCACACUCUUGCAUUAUUUCUGGCGUUAUUUUACAGUCUUCAGAUAAAUGUGAGCAUGAAAAGAAGCUGGUUUGUUCUGGUUUUGAGGUGAGAGGCAGCAGUGCUGUCUGUCUUUCCACAGCUACAAGAAGUAUUUCAGCUUUUAAAACCCAGGUUCGAUAUUUGUGCCUGUUCUGUUCACAGUGCACUGUUUCGUUUUGUUCAGGCCUUUUACUGGAACACGUAACUGAAGCUAAGCUAUUUAUCAUCAUCCUCUUUUAAAAUGACCAUUCCCAGUCAACACAGUCUCAUUUUUCCCUAGAAAGUGUUGGUGUUGAGAGGACAUUCCUCCUUCAUGAAAACAAAGUGUUUGGUCCCCUACUUGCAAAUACACGUGCGUCUCUGAAGAAAAACCUGUGUAUCAAGUAACACUUCAUUUAUAUUGCAAUAUUUUAACCUGGUACCUGUUGUUGCUACAGCAGCAUUCAAUGUUUCAGUGGACUGCCUCCAAAGCAAGUAGGUUACAACAUGGGUUAUGUGUGAGUACAAAAGCGUGGUUUGUGUGAGUGUUUUGUGGGUGAGUGGGUGUUUGCAUGCGUGAGUUUCUCCUCCCAGUGAGCGUACGUGAGUCUUCAUAACUCCUGUUGAGUCUUGUCUCUGGAAGUUCACGGUUAUGUAUCAAACCAGUUAGAACACUGCUUUCUUUCCUCUCCUCCUAUUGUACUUGUUAUCCUUUGUCAUUAAGAGUUUUGUUGUAAUAUCUAAAUGUGAAAAUGAAUAAAGUCAUAACUGGCA